UAGUUAUUUUAUACACAGCACACUGAUUAAACCGGAUACGAUGAUUAAACCAUGACCGCCGUGAAAUCUGUCUCUUCUUCCUUUAGGCUCGCGUCUCUCCUCCGCCGUGAGAAUGAUCCUUCCGCCGCAGUUAAGCUUUUUCGAAACCCUGAUCCUGAAUCAACGAACCCGAAAAGACCCUUCAGAUACUCGCUUCUUUGCUACGAUCUCAUAAUCACGAAACUUGGUGGCUCCAAGAUGUUUGAAGAGCUUGAUCAGGUGCUUCUACAGCUCAAAGCCGAUACUCGGAUCGUUCCCACGGAGAUUCUAUUCUGCAACGUGAUUAAUUUCUUCGGCCGUGGAAGGUUGCCCAGUCGUGCGCUCCACGUGUUCGACGAAAUGCCUCAAUACCGUUGCCAACGUAGUGUGAAAUCAGUGAACUCUCUGUUGAAUGCGCUUUUGAAGUGCGGAGAGUUUGAAAAAAUGAGGGAUCUUCUUUCGGGUGUUGGUGAGUUUGGUAAGCCAGACGCUUGUACUUACAAUAUACUGAUCAAUGGAUGUUCUCAGAGCGGGUGUUUGGAUGAUGCCUUGAAGCUGUUCGAUGAAAUGGUCAAGAGAAAGGUGAAGCCCACUGGGGUAACCUUUGGGACGAUGAUUCAUGGGUUUUGCAAGAAUUCGAGGGUGAAGGAAGCGUUGAAGAUGAAGCAAGAUAUGUUGAAAGUGUAUGGAGUACGUCCCACGGUUCACAUUUAUGCGUCGUUGAUCAAAGCGGUUUGUCGAAUUGGUGAAUUGAGUUUUGCGUUUAAGCUUAAGGAUGAGGCGUACGAAGGAAAGGUUAAAGUAGACUCAGCUAUUUACUCUACCUUGAUUAGCUCGCUUAUAAAAGCUGGCAGGUCGAGUGAGGUGUCGAGGAUCUUGGAUGAAAUGAGUGAGAAAGGAUGCAAACCCGACACAGUGACUUACAAUGUACUCAUUAACGGGUUCUGUGUUGAGAACGAUUAUGAAUCAGCUUAUCGUGUUUUGGAUGAUAUGGUAGGAAAAGGCUUGAAACUUGAUGUUAUAAGCUAUAACAUGAUACUCGGUGUCUUGUUUAGAAUCCGAAAAUGGGAGGAAGCAACUUACUUGUUUGAAGAUAUGCCCAGAAGAGGUUGUAGCCCUGAUACCUUAUCUUAUAGAAUAGUUUUUGAUGGUCUUUGCGAGGGUUUACAGUUCGAAGAAGCAGCUGUUAUCUUGGACGAAAUGCUUUUCAAAGGUUACAAGCCUCGCAGGGAUAGGCUAGAAAGGUUUCUGCAAAAGCUUUGUGAGAUUGGAAAGUUGGAGAUUCUCAGUAAAGUUAUAAGUAGCUUGCAUAAAGGGAAUGCUGCUGAGGAUGCAAAUCUAUGGUCGGUUAUGAUACCUACAAUGUUCAAAGUACCUGCGAAAUCGGGUUCGAUUAAUUUGUUAUUGAAUAAAAUAACGGAAGAUGGUCCUUUGUCAGCAAUGCCGCAGUGCUAGGUCACUCUUGUCAUACAUGUUAAUGUUGCUGUGAACCUUGCUCUGGUGAUACAGGACAAGGAAAAAAAAGAAUUGCCAAAUCUUGUAAACAGGUAAAUCAUUCCCCACAUGGGCUCUCUUCAAUGUAGAUAGCGGAAGAAUGUGCUAUCUGCUCCUAAUUGAAGCUCUUACCUCUUGUCCAUAGCCUGUAAAGUGGUGGUGCAGAGGAAUGAUCCCACCGCUGAACCAAGCUCUGUUAUUGAGGGCAGCCGUCGUGGUGGUGUUUCGUGGCGGCGUGGGACAGCCGUGGUAAUAUUGGUGAUGGAGAGGCGGCAGCAGUGACUGCGAUGUCGUUGAAGAUGGUGAUGACCGCAGCUCUGCUGAAUGAUUUGUUAUGAUGAUUUAACGAUUUAAUUCUCUUUUUGUCUACCAUUCGACUCUGUUUGACUUAAUCUUAUUUAUAAGAGACAUUUGAUUCAUAUAGAAUAAUGUUAAAUUGAAUUGUUGAAACAGUUUCCUUAA